UUGGAGCAGUGGAUCCACCUCGGGCUGAUGGAGCACCUCGACGAGGUCCUGCGGCUCAUGCUCGCGCACCGAGACAGCUGCCACCCGCACCUCAUGGCGCCGACGAGCCAUGUGGCCGUUGGCGCGGAGCGUGGGGACGGAGCGCUAUGCUUUGCCAUCCAGACGAAGACGCGGAAGCUUCUGCCCAAGAUCAUGCGCUCAAUCACGGGGCUGCCGACGGGCCAAGCGAUCAAGAACCUCCAUCCGCUCUGUAAGCUGCUGCUGCUUCUGCUCAAGAACGAGAUCUGCCCGUACUACUCGGUCGCCUUCCAAGCGCCAGCGACGAUCCUCUUCUACCUCGUCAAGUUCCUCUCCAACGCCGAGUACGCCGAUAUCCACGACAAGGUCCUCGACGUCUGCGUCGAGCUCGCGUUCCUCAUGCAGCAAAGCGACGUGACCGUCUUCAUGCACCUCUUCCAAGAUACCGUCAAUUUGGCCGACGACCUCCUCCAGCUCACAUCGCAUCUUCGGUCGUCGAGCGAGACGCUCUCACUGCAGUGUCCUGCGGAUGUCUUCUGCUAUACGAUCACGGGCGUCCAUAUGCGCAAGGACGCCGAUACGAUGGUCGGCGACACGAAGUUGUGCUGCCUUCCAAAUGGCGACGCGGCAACACUCUUGGAGGUCGGGAAACUCGCCGUGCCACCGCUUCGCUUUACAUGUGUCCAAGGCGUCCAUGCUUUCCAGUCGCGAGUCCUCGCCAUGGCCUGCCGCAUGCUCCAGCACUCGCCGUCGCAUAUCGUCAACCACGCAAGCUUUUCGCAUCUCGUCGACGUCGUUGUGACAUCACUGCAAGUUGGCCCGCUCACUGUCUCGCUCUCAGGCCUUGUCCAUGCCUUGCUCACGAGCUCGCCACUGCCGCCGUACAUGGUCGUGUCGCUUGUCGGCGCAUACUUACCGGCACUCUUGGCGACCACGACGACAGUGCCCUGCCACGAUGUCCUCUCAGCGAUCAGCGCGAAUGCCUCUGCGAUCGUGGCGCCGCUGCUCUGGACGCCGCUCGAUGCGUUCAUCAAAGGCGCGCUCGACGCCCACGCGCGUCCAAUGCUUCUCUCGUGCUUUGGGCUGCUCCGCGCCUUCUUGCCGUUCGACCAAGACCGAGUCCUCGCCCGGCUUCUCGACGUCAUUGGCGCGUCGGACCUCGGCGAUCGCAGCGUGCGCCACGAGCUUGUCUCGAGUCUGCGGGUCGUGCUGCAGGAGCACGUCGGGCUCCUUUGGAAGGAAGGCGAGAAGGCGAUCCAUCAGUACCACCCGUCGAGCCCUGUGCUGCCGACCAAGCGACGCAAGCUCAGCGACCACUUUGCGCUACCGCCGACGAACGCGCUCGACCUCGUGAGCCGCGUCCGGAGCCGUCAGCCGGUGCUAUCGAUUGCGUGCGUUCACCUCGUCAUGGCGCUCUUCUUCGAAGACGACGUCGCGGCAGUUGGCGCGCACGUUCUUCUCUCGUUGCGCUCGGUAGAGAACAUGACCAAGGAAGAAGGCAGCGUCGCGCGGCUGAUUGCGGACCGACUACGCGCCGUUAUGGAGCGUGCACCGAGCCUCGAGCUUGUCGUGCUCCUCUACAGUUACCUGCCGCCGGACGAGAUCAAGAAGAUGCAUAUCGCGCCGUUCCUGCACGCGCAGACGACCAAGUCGCCACCGCCUAGCGACAAGCCGCACUUGGUGUGCAGCGUUCCGGACCUUCUCAGUCUUUGGCGCGGGAGCGUGCCGACCAAAGACAGCGUGGUGCAAGCGCUACUGGACAGCGCACCCAUGGCGCAGUGCCUUGUUCUGCUCUGCUGGUCGUACGGCGUCGACGGCGCGUCACUCGAUGUGCCGUCGUGGUCCUCGACAGUCGCAGCGACGAGCGUUCUCAGCGCGAUGGCGUCCGACGGACCCUACCGAGCACUCGCGAUUGAUCUAUCGCCGCUGCUCGUCUAUGCCAUGGGCCGGCGAGGGGUCGCCCCGUUUGUUGCAACUGCCCCGGUCGUCAUGGAGGCGCUCAUGCCUCUCUGUCGACACGCAACAACGGCUCUCUCGGCGCUCUGCGCGCUCGGCCGACUCUGCUGUCUCCCAAUGUGGCUUGCGUCGCCCGAGUCGCCGGUACGCGUUACCGAGACACUUGGCUUUCGCUGCGCCUGCACGCCGCUCGUGCGGCAGCCGCUGCCAUAUCUGGUGUCCGUCUGGAAUGCGAUGGAGCCGCUGCUGACGGCACCGUCGAGCGACCUUGUCGUGGCGGCGGUCUCGACGUGGAUCGCGUUCUUCCGGCAUGUGCCCGUCGCGGACCUGCACACCGAGUGGGUGUGGCGCCUCCUGCAUCUCUUGGGCCACGACGCUCGGGACGUGCGGUCGGUGGUCGCCGCCAACACGAACGUGCUCUUGCUGCCCGACAGCACCGGGGCGACGGCGCUCGCGCUCGCGUUCUCGGACGAGUCGUCGUCCGACGACCUCGGCGACGCCAGCAACAAGACGUCGAGCAUUUUGGACCGGCUUCUCGAGCAAGGCGACGUCGGGAUCCUCGUCUCGACGGUGGAAGGUAUGGGGACGCUGGCGACCGCUUGCGUGCUCUCGCAACCGCUGGACUUGGACGUGUUCUUUUACGUCCUCUUCCGCCUUGCGGGGGCGUGGCUUGCGUACCCGCGCGACGCUGCGGUCGCGGUGGCGUCGACGGCGCAGCUCAACCGUAUGGUCGCGUCGCAUGGGCUGUCGUGGAAGCAGCUCUGCGUUCAGUUCCCCGAGCGCAUCCACGUGGCGCUCAUCGAGCUCCUCUUGCCGACGUCGAUGCUCGAGACGUUUCUGCAUACGUUUCUCGGCGAGCAAGUCAGCGUCGGCAUCUACCUCAAGGAGAGCGCGCCGUACGUGCUGCCGCAACUCAUUCUGAGUCAGCAGCGCGACCUCCUCGACGCGUUUGCAUCCGGCUUCAAGCAGCCGAUCGCGGCGCUCUUGAGCGACUACAUUGUGCCGAUCGUCAAGGAGAUGGUCAUGACGCGCACGACGUCACUGAGCAACAUUCGCGAGUGGCAGUUCUUUUUUGGCUUGCUGCGGCCGGAGCUGAGCAUCCGCGAUGUGCUUAAGUACAACCCGCUGCGCUUACUGUAUGAGCUCGUGUGGGAGUUUGCCGGCGACCGCACCAAAGUGGCGCGGAACGCCUUUGACCAAGUGUCCAAGCUCCUCCACGAAGACAUGAUGGACGACGGCGCAGCGAGCAAGUUUCAUUUGCCGCAGCAGUAUUUCCUGGCGCUCAUGACGCACCUCGGUCACAAGCUCGCGCACAAGCCGAGCCGCGUGCGUGCGAUCAAGUGCCUCGAGGUGCUCCUCGCCAUGUUUGACGCCAAAGGCAUGCUCGACCCGUUCGUCCCUAAAGUCAUGGCCACGCUCAAGCUGGCGCUGCAGGACGACGUCGACGUUCACGUGAAACUGGCUGCCUGCCGCGCGUGGCUGACGUUUGUGCGUCUUCUCUCGACGUCGGCGAUCGAAACCAACCUCCUCUCGAUCGUCGCGAGCUUGCUGCCGUGCAUUGGGAGCACCCACGCGCUCUUUGACGCGCAUGUCGCCGGUCGAUCUGGGUGGUCGGCGGCGCGUCCGGCCCCGCCGCCAGAAGCGGAUGCCUGUGUCCAAGACAUGGCGCUGCAGAUCCUCUCGUUCUUGUGCGUCGAGCAGCCCAUCAAGCCGAGCUGGGGCGAAGUCGCGCUGCUCUUGGCGCUCGUGCCGUCCUUCUCGGUGGACGCGGUCGAGUCGUUCUCGGUGGACCACCACCCGCUCGACGGUGUUCUCACGCACGUGCUCGCCCUUCUCGAGCACUGGGAUGGCGCCGUGCGCGAGGUCGGGUUGCUCCACCUCUCGCGGCUCCUGUGCACGCGCAGUCGUGAGCUCCAGGACUUGAUUUUGCUGGCCGAAGGCACGAUCCACGUCGCGGUAUUCCAGAUCCUCAAGGCGCUCUUGUCGCUGAGCCGAACCGAGACGAGCGAGGAUAUCAAGACGCUCCUCGCGCAGUCGCUCGGCGCGCUCGGGGCCAUCGACAUGGCGCGGCUUCCGAUGCAGCUCUCGCGCACGGCCACCGUCGAGUACGGCGCAAAAGAGCUCACGUGCCAUUUGAUCGAGACGCUUUUGGUCAACGAGCUUCGCGCGGCGCCGCAAAACACAGAUCUGAUUGCGCUCUCGAUCCAAGAGCUGCUCAAGUUUUUGGCGGCAAUGCGCGUUGAGGCGACGCCCUUGUCGACGGCCGCGACGCCAGCGACGACGACCCAAGUCGAGUCGUCGCCGCCGCCCGUGUACGCCAUGUCGGCGUCGAUGCCCGAGUGGAUGCAGCGCAAGUUUCACCAAUCGCGCGUCUUGCAGAUCAUUGCGCCGUACUGGUCGACCAAGUACAAGGCGCCGCCGUCCUCGAGUAAGAAAGCGGUUGCGUUUGACGACGGGUCGACGCUCUACGAUCGGUUUGGGGCACUCGCCUACGAGACGUGGCUCACGUCGUGGUGCAAGGCGCUCAUCGACUUGGCGUCGCCGCCGGAAAAGACGAUCUUCCUUGCGUGCAAGACGGCGCUCGGGAUCUCGAUGCAAAUGGCGCGCUUCCUCUUGCCAUACCUCGUGCAAAACGUCCUGCCGCAGCGCCACGCGUACAGUAUGGUCAAGCGCGAGAUCGAGUCGGUGCUCCAAGACGACCCGACCGAGUCGGACGCGGUCUCGAGCCACCACCACCAGUGCGCCCAGACGGUCAUGGGCCUCCUCGACACGCUCAACGAGUGGGUUUGGGCCAGCGAGCGCAAGCGGAACGGCCCGAGCCAGCACCGCGCUACACAUCUGGACGUGGUGCCCGACCAAGAAAAAGAAGUCGUCGCCGAGUUCCUCAAGGACAUUUCGCCCGCGAUGCUCUCGGGCGCCGCGUGCAAGAUCAAGGCGUUUGCACGUGGGAUCCAGUACUACGAGACGCAUUUGCGCAUGGACGGUGUCUCGGCCGUGCCGCGCUACACGACCGACGGCAAAGUGCACAUGAAGCACUUGAACUCCAACGACAUUCGCGAGCUGCAGCAAAUGUACGGCCAACUGGACGAGCCGGACGCUCUCCGCGGGCUCUCGAUCCAGCGUCGACUGCUGCUGGGAUCGACGCAGCACGCGGGCACGACGUUUGCCGAUCUCAUGCACACGAUCGUCGACCACGAGCACUUGGCGCGCUGGGAAGACGCGCUGGCGUGUUACGAGCAAGCGAUCCACCGGACGUACGGCAAUGAAGUCGACGUGGAGAUUCGGUCGCUCUUGUACGCAGGCGUCAUUCGCUGCAUGGUGCAACUCGGCCGGCUCGAAGGCGCGCUCCAGCACGUGCGCGGCAUCGUCGUCGAGUCGCCCGACGUCAUCCCGUCCGUGUACCCGUUUGCGCUCGAGUGUGCGUGGCGGCUCUCUCGCUGGACGCUCCUCCAGGAGCUGACGACGGACGCAAUGAAGGUCAAGAUGGAGUCGCAGCACAUGGUCUCGAUGAAGUUUGCACGCACAAUGCUGUGCCUCCAGCAAAAUCGAGACGCCAUGGCGUAUCAUCUGCGCGACGCGCGGCUCGCUAUCAUGGGGCCUCUCGCGGCCGCGUCGCUCGAGUCGUACCAGCGGGUGUACCCGCUCUUGCACCAAUUGCACGUCUUGCACGAGCUCGAGCAAGGGUUUUUGGUGUUGGACAAGUUCAAGGCCGACCCGACGACGUUUGCCGCCGAAGACCACUGGGUGCGACAGUGUCCGUGGGAGCUCCGCGAUCGCAUGAUGGCGCCGGCGCUCAAGUUUCAAGAGCCGCUCCUCGCCUUGCGCCGCGUCAUGCUGCAAGAGAUGCAGCUCCCGUCGUUGCUCUCGAAAAACUGGCUGCGCUACGCCAAGAACGCGCGCAAGGAAGGGUUUGUGCGGACGGCCGAGAGCGCGGUCAUGCACGCGCAAGCGCUCGGCGACCGCAACGGCAUCAUUGAGCAAGCCAAGCUCCUCGUGCACCAAGGCCACGUGUACGAAGCGCUCCACGUGCUCGAGCCAGUCGCGAUUGACGUAUCCAAUUUGCCCAAGGUACCCGAAGGCGACCGCCAUUUUGCCGCCAAGACACUGCUCCUCGCGACCAACUACAUGCAGCAGUCCAACCAGAAACAAGGCCAAGUCGUGCUCAACCGGUACGGCGCCGUGAUUGCGUACGACCGCAAGUACGCGAAAGGGUACUUUGAUCUCGCCAAGUACUACGAGGUGCUACUCGACAAUGCGCGGUCGGACACGGCGCUCGAGGUCGGCGAGCAGUACGCGUACGUGACGGACAUCCUCGCCAACUACGUGCUGUCGCUCCAAUGCAGCAACAAGUACCUCUUCCAGUCCUUGCCGCGACUCUUGACGCUGUGGUACGAGUGCGGCGACGUCUUUGGCGCAAGUCCCAAGCGCACGUACCGACUCGAGUUUGACAUGGCGCUCGAGUCCAACAAAGAAGACAAGCUCAUGCAGGAGAUUUCGCGCAUCGUGCUCGAUGCGCUGAGCAAGCUCCCCGUGUCCAUGUGGCUCGCGGUGUUUCCGCAAGUGACGUCGCGCAUCUGCCACCCCAACAGCAUCGUCGUCGACGGCGUCAAAGCCAUCAUGGUCAAGGUCCUCUCGACGCACCCGCAGCACGCAAUGUGGCACAUCCUCGGCCUCACGCAGUCGCUCAACACGCAGCGCAAGACGCGGGCGAUGGACAUCUUCAAAGGCGCGCAAAAGCAACUGAUGGGCGCCAACAACAGCGACAUGGCCAACUCGCUCUCGGAGGCCAUGAAGCUCGUUGAGGAGCUCAUCAAGCUCGCCGAGUGCGACCCGGGCAACCAAAAGCGCCUGCCGCUGCGCAUGGCUCGCAUCCGGUCCCAAGUGCUUGUACCGGUCCAGUCGGCCUUCUCGACGAGCGAUGCGUCGACCCACGUGUACAUCAAGGCGUUUGGUGACAAGGCGGAAGUGAUGCUGUCGAAGGAAAAGCCCAAGCGCGUCCAGGUGCUCGGGAGCGACGGCGCGUGGUACCCGUUCUUGUGCAAGCGCGAGAAGCACGGCGAUCUGCGCAAGGACGCGCGCAUGAUGGAGUUCAACGCGAUCAUGAACAAGCUUCUCACCGCCGAUGCCGACGGUCGGCGCCGGAAACUGCGCCUCCGCACGUACGCGGUCAUGUGUCUCAACGAAGAGAGCGGGCUCAUGCAAUGGGUGCCCAACACGCGCGCGAUGCGGUUCCUCAUCGGGCAGAUCCACAAGACGGAGCAAGGGCAGUUGACGAUGAUGCGCCUCACGAGCGACGUGCGCGACGCCUUUAUGCACUUGCAAAAGCAGUACGCCCACGACCUGCCGCGAAUGGUGUCGCUCUACCGACGCCAAGUGCUCAGCCACCCGUGCUUUGUACCCCGCUUCCACCAGUGGUUCCUCAACAACUUUAGUGAUCCGACGCAGUGGUUUGACGCGCGGGCGGCGUUCACACGGUCGUCCGCGGUCUGGUCGAUGGUCGGGCACAUUGUGGGGCUUGGCGACCGGCACUGUGAAAACAUCCUCAUCGACUGCAAGACGGGCGAGUGCGUCCACGUCGACUUUGACUGCCUCUUUGACAAGGGGCUCAAGCUCGCACGCCCCGAGAUCGUCCCGUUCCGGCUCACGCCCAACAUUCUCGAUGCGUUUGGCUUGAGCGGUGUCGAGGGCGUGUACCGCACAACGAGCGAGGUGACGCUGACGCUGCUGCGUGCGAACCGCGAGACGCUACGGAGCGUGCUCGAGUCGUUCGUGCACGACCCGCUCGUCGAGUGGGGCCGAUCGAAGAGCAAGCAGUCGGUGCAUGUCGUGCGCAAGGUCGUCGCGACCAACGAACAAGUCAACAGCGAAGCGAAAACGAUGCUCAAGACGAUCGACGACCGCGUCCGGGGGAUUUGGAACCUCGGGAAAGCGUCGCACCACGAGACGCUGCCGCUCAGCGUCAAAGGCCAAGUCGACCGCCUCAUUGCCGAAGCCACGAGCGACGAGAACCUCGCGCAAAUGUACGUGGGCUGGAUGCCCUUUCUCUAAGUCGCGACCGAAUCAACCGAAAAUACUAAGUUACUUGCGACGAAUAAUGAGUUUGCUCUUGGUCGGCGCGCCGUGGGUCUUGCCGGG